AUGUCGGAGUCAAAGAAAGGAAAGCCCCGCACUGCAGAAGAAGCUGACAUAGCAGGACCAGAAGAUCAGAAUCCAAAGCAUCAAAGAAAAGAAGGAACCGCAAAGGAAGCUGAUCAGAAGAAGAAGAAAAAGGUGUCCACAGGAGGAGAGGAUACGAAGGAGGCUGAGAAGAAGGCAAAAGAAGACAAGGAAGCAAAGGAGGCUGACCAGAAGGAGAAGAAGACACCAAAAGAAGACGAUGCAAAGGAGGCUGCGAAGAAAAAGGUGCCCAAGGAAGGAAAGAAGGAUGAGGAGAAGCCAGAAAAGAAUAACAAAGGAGCAAGGAAGACUGUGGCACCAGAAAGCGAUGGGCCAAAGCAGAUGCGGGCCAAGGGUGAGGUCAAAGAAAAACGAAAGCCAGCAGGCAAAAGUGGGUCGUCGCCUGAAAAGAAAAGAUUCAGAGCGCUGAAUGAAGAAGAGGCUUCUGGAAGUGAAGCUGGGGCAGAGGUUAAGAAGACCAUGGUUCCCUAUGAGUCUAUCAAGACUAUGCCAAGCAUUGACCUCAUCAAGGCUUUGGCAGAUGUGUACCACACCUGCUACUAG